GCAUAGUAGUGCGUUAAACCCUAAACAACAAUUUGAGCAAUCGAGAAUGAAGCGAGUGUGUAGAUUCUCUUCUGACGCAACAACGCGAGCAGCUCUGUUGUUGCUCAUGCAAUCCCAUCAUAAUUUCCAUGGAUUCUCAAACCCCAAAACCACUUUCUCUCCCUCCUUCGCCACCGCCCUAUCUCAUCAUCGCAAUGUUCAUACCGUCCCAAACAUAUACUCUGACAUCACUCCCUUGUUCACCGCCAAGUCUUGCUCUUCGCCGAAACAGGAUCUCAUCAACAAGGUCACGAUUCUCAAAAACGAGCUCAUUAGAGAUUCCUGCGACUCUGCUAGGGUUCAGACCAUUUUGGACGAUAGUUUCGACACUUUGUUUCGGCGUCACCCCAAUGGAUCUGCGUUACUCAAGCUUAUGAAUCAAUUGAAUUCAAAUCCUUCCCUUGCCCUCCAGGUGUUUAGUUGGAGAAGAAAGAGAUCGAAUGCUGAAAACCCUAUGGAUGCGUAUGAGUACUCAAAGGGUAUAAAAGCUGCAGGUAGAUCUGGGAAUGUUGAUUUAGCUGUUAAGCUCUUUAAGGAGGCUGCUGUCAAAGGUAUCAAGACGACCGGCACUUACAAUGCGCUUAUGGGUGCUUUUAUGUUCAAUGGUCUUCCUGAUAACUGUCAGUCUUUGUUUUGUGAUUUGAAGAGGGAUCUGACUUGCGAUCCUUCUAUUGCCACGUACAAUAUUCUUCUAUCUGUUUAUGGUAGGCUGAUGCUCGUUGAUCACAUGGAAGCAACAUUCAGUGAGAUACAAAGGUUAAACCUCGCCAUGAACAUCUGCACUUACAAUCACUUGAUUGCUGGAUAUAUCACGGCUUGGAUGUGGGAUGAUAUGGAAAAGGUGUUUCAAAUGCUGAAGUUGAGCUCUGUUGAGCCUAACAUGAAAACCCACCUUCUAAUGCUUCGUGGGUAUGCAAAUUCGGGUAAUCUUGAAAAGAUGGAAGAGAUGUAUUCCUUUAUAAGGGAUCAUGUUAAUAUAAAGGAAAUUUCAUUAAUCAGAUGUAUGAUAUGUGCCUAUUGUAGAAGUUCUCAUGCAGAUAGACUUAAGAAGAUAGAGUUAUUGUUGAAGUUUAUUCCACAAAAAGAGUACAGGCCAUGGUUAAAUGUUUUGUUGAUUAAACUCUAUGCCAAGGAAGACUGGUUAGCGAAAAUGGAGAAUGCUAUAAAUGAGGCAUUUGAGCAUGGGACUUCUAUAACAACCAAGGGUAUUUUGAGACGCAUAAUUGCAACUUAUUAUCGAUGUAAUGCAGUAGAAAAGCUAGAAAAUUUUGUGAGACGUGCGGAAAUCUCUGGGUGGAGUAUCUGCCGAUCCUUAUAUCAUUGUAAGCUAGUCAUGUAUGGGUCACAGAUGACCUUACUCGAAAUGCAUAAUGUCCUUGAAGAGAUGGAAAAUGUCAAGCUUAAAUGCUCAAAGAAAACAUUAUGGAUAAUGUACAAAGCUUACAUGAGCCGUGGCCAGAUUUCCAUGGUUUUAAAAACAUUGGGACAAAUGUUCAAGCAUGGAUAUGAAGUUCCUUUGAGUGCAUUUCCAUAAUGAAACUAGGGAGAGGCUCGUGCCGCUGAUACUCCUAUUUGAGUAUUAAAAAGUUGUAAUAAUUAAUGUUGAAUUACAUGUAGAUAAUAAAAUAUGAUUUUAACGUGUUAAA